AACAUGGAUACUUUACUCUAGUUUUCUAUAUAGCGUUAUAGUGAGUACAUAAAUCUAAUCAUCAUCAUGUCAGCAGACCUUGCAUCUCUUGUGUCUCGUCUUGAAACCGUCACAACUAGAUUGGAGAAGGUGGCAAUUGGAGGUGGAGGAGCAGGCGAUGCAGGACCUUCUUCAGAGAUGGUGACUGAUUAUGGAGACUUCAUUGCACAAUAUGUGGAUGCUUUUAUAACAGCUACAAACAAAGUCAAUUCUAAUGAUGUAAAGAAGGCUGCAUCUUUGGUGAAAUCACUCGCUGAAGAACAGAAGAAGUUUCUUGGAAUUGUUGCGCAACAUGCAGAACCAACCCAGGAAGUUAUAGCGAAGUUACUUCAACCAUCUUCAGACAUUAUGACUGAAAUUGGAAGAAUCAAAGAUGCCACUUUCAAAGACAAAGAAUUUAGUUUCUACACAGCCGCUAUUAAUGAGGGUAUGACUGCUUUCGGUUGGGUCAUGGUGAAGCCUUUACCCGCUCCUUACGUGAAAGAAUGUGGAAAUGGAGCUGAGUUUUAUACAAACAGAAUAUUGAAGGAGAAACAAGACAAGGAUUGGGUUAGCGCGUGGAAGGGUGUGUUUCCAGCACUUCAUGAUUAUGUGAAAAAACAUCACAUUACUGGUCUGAACUGGGAUAAAAAUGCUGGCAUCUUUUCCUUGCAUACUUCUCGUUCUGCUGAACAAGAUGCCAGACCCCAACUUCCCCCCAAACCUGAAUAUCUCAAGUCUCAAAAUGAGGUCACAAAAUCUGUACCCCCUACAACAGUCAAGGAAACGAAUGAACCAGAAACAUUGCCUCCUCCCCCAUUACAAAACUGCCCCGAUGCUGACGUUAUACCCCCAUUUUUGCCCCCACCACCCCCACCCCUUCCUCCAGUACUGUCGAAACCAGGAUCAAGUAAUGAUUCUAGUGGCCAUGGCGCAUCUGAAGCUCUUUUCUCUGAAAUCAAUGCAAAAGGUCUAGGAAUAGCUCAGGGUUUGAAGAAAGUCACAGAUGAUAUGAAAACCCAUAAGAAUCCAAAACUACGUCUUCAAUCAGCUGUUCCAUACAAAGCGCCUGCAGCAACCAAACCUAAACCUGUGGCCAAACCUACUGCUGCAGCUCCUAAGAAGACUCCUGUAUUGGCGCUGCAAGGCAAAAAAUGGAUUGUGGAACACCAUGUUGACAGAAAAGAUCUUGUGAUCGACCAAGCCCUGAUGAAGCAUACUGUGUACAUUUACAAAUGUGAAAAAUGUACCAUUCAAAUCAAGAACAAAGUGAAUCAAAUCAUAUUAGAUGGUUGCAAGAAGACUGAUGUUGUGUUUGACACAAUUGUUUCAAGCCUGGAAUUUGUCAAUUGCCAAAGUGUUAAAGGACAGGUUACUGGAAGCCUUCCCACUUGUUCUAUUGAGAAGACCGAUGGAUGUCUGGUGUACUUGAAUAAAGAUUCUCUUGAUUGUCAAUUCAUUACUGCAAAGUCUUCUGAGAUGAAUAUUUCCAUUCCCAAGGGUCAAGACUAUGUUGAAUAUCCGAUCAUAGAACAGUUCAAGACUACUUGGAACGGAACUACAUUUGUUACCGAGCCGAGUGAAAGUGCAGAAUAAACUUGGAACAAGAGCCCACAGCAACAAAUUUUAAUCAACUUUGGUAAUUGGUUCAAAUAUUAAACUAAAAUCAUCAUCUUUGUUAGUAGAAUGUGAUCAUUGCAGAUGGAUUUCAUCAGAAAAGAUUCUGAAUCUACAACUUAGUAGCUGUAAAAUCUUUCUUCUGAUUACAAUAAAUGUGUAAAAACUGCCAAGUUUUAGACAACAAAUUCGAGCUUAUCAUAUAUAUCUUACAAUAAAUAAAGUUAUUUUAAUCAUGUUGUUUUUGCCACCCAAAUUGUAAUAAAACAUUGUUUGACCUUAGUUCUACCAGUAACAGCAUUGCCUCUUUCAAUAUAUUUUCAAUGAAUAGCCCAGCGCAAAUCAAGCUUUGUCUUAGCUCAUAUUAUGUAUUAUUCUCACUUGUUAUGUGAAAUAUCUUACUAAGUUAUAAUGAAAACGAUUAAAUAAAAGAAGAAUGAUGCUGUCAAAGGUCUUUCUUUUUCUACCAUUAUGAAGUAUGAAUGCUCUUUAUAUAUAUAUAUGCAGAAUGAAUGAUCAUUUUCACAUGUUAUGGGUUCCAAGUGAUUUUUGUUAUUAUUCAGUCGGUUAAUAAUUUGUUUGUUGCUUAGCUUGCUAGUAUCUAUGCCAGUAUUUUUACCCGUAUAUUGUCUGAUUCAAAAUUAUCACAUGCUCUAAAAGUAGAUUGUUUGAUUAUUAUUCAUUUCAGCACCGCAUAUCAUAUGUUAAUUUUGACAAGCAUUCAGUCUUAAUCCUGAAAACUUGAAAAGUCUGUUGAAUUAUUUUACUUGAAUUUCUAAAAUUAUGUAUACUACAACCAUAUUGCCAUAUUGUGUUUGGCCUUGUUGGCAUACUUCAUUUACUUGGUACAUUUUGGUUACAUGCUUCGUAUAAAAAUUCUUGAGAUUGUAAAAGAUAUAAAGCACAAAGGUUGCAACAGUGUUUGAAAUGAAUCUAUCAAAACUUGUCUUGAAUAUGUGGUUAAAAAUACUGCCGUAUGAAGCAAUUUUUUGUAUUUUGUGAACAAUCAGUUAUUAUAUAUCUUGUAGACUAUUAUAUCAGUGCCUUAGCUUAACUAUCAUUGUUUGGAUUGUAUUAAAUAAAAGUUACUGGUUAUGACAAUUUUGUUGUAUAACUUGUACUUUCACUCUAUAUAUUGGCUUGUGUAAUUUAUGCCAUAUUGCACUGCACAUUGAUAUUAAUUUUCAUUAGCCUAUUGAAAUUGUAAUUUGGUUUAAGAAAGUUAUUUGCCGUGAUGUAUAAUGCACUGAUGUGACUACGAAUGAAUGAUGGAUCGAAUCCUA